AAAAAGCAGCGGUGAGUUUCAUAAAAGGAUACCACAUAUAGAAGCUGAAUCGUGUUUCUUCAUUAUUCUUCACAUGGUUUUUCUUCGGAAACGAUAACAUACAUACAUGAUACAUCCCACCGAGAACGGACCAACUUGGUAUUUGAUACCAGUGACACAUCAGCAUCCACAUUCUCUGUCUUUUUAUGAAUUGUCAUCACAAAUAAGAAUUCUUUUUAUUUCUGAUCAUUUCGAGUUAUUUCUAUGUGGAUAAGUAGUUGGAAAUAACUUUAUUACGUCUCUUCAUAUUCUUCAUUUUUUUCCUCUCGACAUUCAACAUACCAAUAUCUUAAUCAAGAACAAAGGGUAAGUUUCCUUUUCUCAUUGUGAGGAAUGGUAAUCAGGCUUCGUACAAGAACAUCAAAACAUCAAACGCAACGUGGAGCUCAUUACUGACAAUAUCUUCAAUAGAACACAGUAUUCUACCCAUAAUUCUCUUUUCAACAUAAUUCAAUAUGGCCGGCAACGGAGAGAACCUGCACACCAUCAACAGCUUCCAAAUGGGAAGACUGCAUGGUAAGAAUGCUAUUGUUACUGGUGCUGCUGGGUAAGUCUUGAUCUCUCUUUGCCUUAUGACAUGGAAUUUUCGGUGACUCGAAAUAUACGGGUUACAAAGAUUCAGGACGAUAAGUAUCGUACUCCGUCUUCUCUCUAUUCUAGAGUCAAUUCCUUAUCAAGAGUUCUCAGUGAUGGAUGUGUUUGAGCUGGCCAUUCACGUGACCACGAUUAUUUUUCUGGCGCUUUGCAGGGGCGACAUGCAAGUGAAUCUUAGAAUGAUUUCAUGGACAAUUUCAUUUUGCCAAAAAGUCUCCAUUGACUAAGAUAACCCUUCACAUGCUAACACAUCACCCAGAGGAAUCGGUCUCGAAACCUGUAUCCUCUUCGCCAAGGAGGGUGCCAAUGUCCUCAUGGCCGAUAUUUCCGCACCAGCCCUCGAGAAAGCAGCCGCAAAACUCAAGCAAUUAGUUCCAUCGGCCCACAAAGUUGAAAUUCAAGUUUGUGACGUCUCGAAAGAAUCUGAUAUCGAAAAGACCGUUGCUCAUCUUGAAUCCUGGGGUGGUAUCGAUAUCAUGUUCAACAAUGCUGGAAUUAUGCAUGCUGAUGAUGCUGAUGCUAUCGAUACCCCUGAGAAGAUUUGGGACUUGACUCAAGCUAUUAAUGUCAAGGGUGUUUGGUUUGGUUGUAAACACGCUAUUAUUUCUAUGCGGAAGAAUAAGAAGACACGUGGUUCUAUCAUCAAUACCGCUUCCGUCGUUGCACUUGUUGGUUCUGCUACUCCUCAAUUAGCAUACACAGCUUCCAAGGGAGCAGUUUUGGCUUUGACCAGAGAACUGGCAAUUGUUCACGCUAGAGAAGGAAUCAGAUUCAAUGCAUUGUGCCCAGCACCAUUAAAUACUCCAUUGCUCCAAGAUUGGUUAGGAGAUGAUCAACCAAAAAGACUCAGACGUGAGAUUCAUUUCCCAAGUGGAAGAUUCGGAGAGGCUAUUGAGCAGGCUCAAGCCGUUUUGUUCUUGGCUAGUGAUGAGAGUAGCUUUGUUAAUGGACAGGUAUAUAUUCCCACUUUUGUUUUUCGACUGCCCUCCGUAUCCCAUAUCAUUCCCCCAUAUCCACAAAAAUACAUCUAACAAUCUCAAUAGGAUUUCGUCGUCGACGGUGGCAUGACAAAAGCCUACGUAACUCCUGAAGGUCCACCACUCGCCGCUCCAUCCAACAAUGCCCUCCUCAGCGAACAAGUCGAUGCUAUUCGCGGUACUGGUGUCCCUAAAUAGAUAUAUGUGUCGAGAUAUUGAUCACAUGAACCGCUAGCGUUGACGCUAGUGCCUCGGCAAGAGGGGUUACAUAUUCAUAUAGUCCCCCAUUUCCAAUCAAUACGAAUAACAACAGAGUUAUAUAUUGAAGCUUCACUUACCCAUACCCCGCCACAACCGACAAUAUGAUUUUCCUUGAACGAUAGCAUUUUUUCGAUACUAGCUUGGAUUUUAGCGUAUAGUCACGAGAUUGGAUUAAUCAAAUAGAUAGACACUACGCUAGAAUGAGAAAUUUUUACAAGUUACUUUAUUUCG